ACCAGAGGGAAUGGCCUCAAGUUGUGCCAGGGGAGUUUCAGGUUGGAAAUGAGGAGAAGUUUAUUCUCAGAAAUUGCAACGGGUUGCUCAGGGAGGUGGUGGAGUCCCUGGGAGUGUUUAGGGAGAGGUUGGACAUGGUGCUUAGGCACAUGGUUUAGUGGGUGACAUUGGUAGGGGGAUGAUUGGACCAGAUGAUCUAGGAAGUGUUUUACAGCCUUAACGAUUCUAUGAAUUACUAAAAUUAAUGUUUUAGUUGUGCCUAGCUUUAUUUAUAAAGAUGUGAUGAUGAGGAGCAAACUACAUCUGUAAUUAAAUCUAGGGCUCCUGAAGAAAUGCAGCUGGGAUGACUCUUCAGGAGAUGGUGAACCAGGCAGCUAGCCUGUACUCGGAUAGAAAAGCAGUUUGGUUUGAUCAAUGCAAUGAUGAGCCUCCAAUUUUCUACACAUACGCGACAGUGGUUAAACUUGCCAUGGAGUUAACAGCUUUCCUUCAAAAGCACUGCAGUCACCAAGGAAAAUGUGAAAUAGGCCUUUACUGCUAUCCAGGAAUAAACUUACCCUCUUGGAUCUUAGGAAUCCUGCAGGUUCCAGCUGCUUAUUCUCCUAUUGAUCCAGAUGCACCACCAGUAUUAUCCACAUACUUCAUAAGGAAAAGCAAUCUUCGAUAUAUUCUUGUUGAGAAUGACAAAGUAAAGAAAUUCCAGAUGUCCCACGCUGGUUGGUUUUCCUGCAAUUCUUCUGCAGUAGAACAUAUGGGUUUAACUCUCUUCCAAAUGAGCUGGAGCAAUACUGAUGUAAAUUCACAAGCAGACAAUGUGAACAGUAAAUAUGAACCUUUAAAGGCUAUGGGUAACUCUCAGCUAGGAAAUACUGUUUGCCCAGAGCAACUCAAAGUAAAAACAUCAGAAGGAGAUACAUGGAUGUUGGCCAGAACUGCUCUUUAGCCUACGUCUUGCAUACAUCAGGAACUACCGGGACCCCCAAGAUUGUCAGAGUACCUCAUAAAUGUAUAGUGCCAAAUAUUCAGCAUCUUAAAUCCAUAUUUGAGAUCACACCGGACGACGUGCUAUUCCUGGCUUCUCCUCUAACGUUUGACCCCUCUGUGGUUGAAUUGUUCAUUGCACUGACCAGUGGAGCCUCGAUUCUCGUAGUCCCAAACACCGUUAAAAUGAUGCCUUUGGAGCUGUCUGCUGCUCUGUUUCACCACCACCAUGUGACAGUGCUGCAGGCAACACCAACGCUUCUCAGAAGGUUUGGAGCUCACAUUAUUAAAUCAACAGUGCUGGCUGCAGAUACUUCACUCAGAGUCCUAGCCCUUGGUGGUGAAGCCUUUCCCAUCCUGAGUCUCUUGAAAACUUGGAAGCACCAGGAGAACAGAACAAGUAUUUUUAAUCUGUAUGGUAUCACCGAAGUGUCAAGCUGGGCCACUUGCUACAAGAUUCCUGAAGAGGUUUUUAGCGCUGAUUUUAGGACUAAUUUCUCUGUACCUUUGGGAUCACCACUCCUUGGAACAACAGUUGAGGUCAGAGACGACAACGGUUCUGCAGUUCUAGAAGGCGAAGGACAAGUAUUUAUAGGUGGUGAAGAACGAAUCUGCUUUCUUGAUGAUGAGAUAACUGUACCCCCGGGAACAAUGAGAGAAACAGGGGAUUUUGUAAGAGUGCAGAACGCGCAGAUGGUCUUCUUGGGUCGGAAAGACAAUCAGAUUAAACGUCAUGGCAAACGUUUUAAUAUUGAAUGUUUGCAGCAGGCUGCUGAAGAUCUGUGUCAGGUAGAAGCUUGUGCAGUGACCUGGUAUCAGCAGGAAAAACUUAUCCUAUUUGUUGUGCCCAGUGGUGAUUUAGAAGAGAGAGAAACUCUUCAAGAACUUCAGAAACAUCUGCCAGCUCACGCAAUUCCUGAUGAGCUUGUACAAAUUAAAUCUUUGCCUUUAACAUCACAUGGCAAAGUUGAUAUAUCUGAACUGAACAAGAUUUACCACAACCAUCUAACCUCCAGAAGGCGUGACAGUAAGCUGAAUGGCGCAGAGGAAUUGUGGGAAAGAUUGCAGUAUUUAUGGAAGUCUGUUCUGGGUUUCCUAGGUGAUUCCAGUGGAAUUUCUAGAGAUGCAGUAUUUCUUCACAGUGGUGGAGACUCCUUAAAGGCUCUUCAAUUUUAUGAUGAAAUUGAGGUGCUCGUAGGCAGAGCUGUGCCUGGACUCCUGGAGGUUAUUCUCAGCCGCACGAUCGAACAGGUUUAUACACAUAUUCUUAAAACCGUGUUUCCAGAUGAAGACCAGCUAAUAAAUAAUGACAAUGUUUUGAAAAGAAAACUAAGUGAGAACAAUGGAGAGGAAAUCCAUGGAAAAUAUGGUAAAUUGAAAUCUGAAAGAUAUCUUAAGGUUGUUCCUGGAUUAAUUUCAUUUAUUGCGCUGAGCAGAGGAAAUCAUUUUCUUUCUAUGCAUUUCACCAAGUCUUUAAUGCAACCCAGUAAUACAGCACAGGUAGGAGUGGAGCCACUACAAGAACCAUCCCUUCUGCAUUUAGCGACUCCAAGUAUAAUGAACAGCCAUGUGCAAGGGCAUGACAUGGAGAAAAAUGGAAUUUUAACAAUUAACAGCAAGGCAAAUAAAACUGACUGUAGCUCUGUGCAGCAACUCCAUGCAGAAUGUAGUCACAUAACAACAGCAGAAUUGACAUUAUGCACAAGGUGGAAGUCAAAUACAAGAAAAUGUGUUGAUGCAUCGCCGUUGGUUAUAAUACCAUUUAAAGAUGAAGUGUCUGCCUCUGUAUAUGUUGGCUCUCACUCUCACACAAUGCAGGCCAUUGAUCUAGAUUUGGGAGAAAUAAAGUGGGAGAAGACCCUUGGAGAUCGUAUUGAAUCUUCUGCCUGCAUAUCUAAGUGUGGGAAUUUCAUCAUCGUCGGCUGUUAUGAUGGCUUAGUGUACGUGCUGCAGAGCAGCGAUGGAGAAACCCACUGGGCUUUUGUCACAGAAGACACCGUGAAAAGCUCUGCAGUUGUAGAUCCUUCCAGCGGACUGGUCUACAUAGGAUCGCAUGACCAACACCUGUAUGCUUUGGAUAUUUAUAAAAAGGUGUGUAUAUGGAAAUUGCAUUGCGAAGGUGGAGCUGUGUUUUCCUCUCCCUGUCUAAGUUCUUCUCCACAUCAUAUUUAUGUUGCUACACUAGGAGGACUCUUACUGGCUGUAAACCCGGUGACGGGGAAUAAGAUUUGGAAAAGCUUCCUGGGAAAACCACUUUUCUCCUCUCCUCACUGCAACGAGAAGUGUGUUUGUGUUGGAUGCGUGGAUGGAAACUUGUAUUGUUACACUCACUCUGGGGAAAAGGUUUGGCAGUUUCCCACUAGUGGACCGGUGUUUUCAUCUCCGUGCAUCUCAACUUUAACUAAGCAAGAAAUAUUUUUUGGCUCCCAUGAUCGCUUUAUCUACUGUUGUAAUACGGAGGGUAAUUUACUGUGGAAAUUUGAAGCCACUUCAAGUGUAUAUGGAACACCAUUUGUUUUCCAAAGCGAUGACUUAAAGAACAAAAUCCUUUUGGCAGCAGUAUCUACAGAUGGCACGGUGUGGAUCCUGAAUGCCAAGAGCGGCACAGCAGAAGGAGUAGCUAAGCUUCCAGGAGAAGUUUUCUCUUCCCCGGUAGUAUGGGGAACAAAGCUUGUUGUUGGCUGUAGAAACGAUUAUGUUUAUUGCCUAGAUUUGUGUAUAACAGGAGAAAAAGAACAAUGAGGAUGUUAGGCUGCUACCUUUGUGUUGUUUACUUCUGUACAUUAAGAACUCACAGGUGCUGUCUACCUCUCCGCCUGCUUUGCUGAAGACAAGAGAUUCUCUUUGCAGACUUCUCAGGUAGCAUUUUGCACCACGGCAACAGCCAGAGCAGGUAAGUGAUGCUCGUUGACUUGCUGUACUGACUGAAGGCUGGCUGCUCAGCACCUAGCCCAAAGUUUCACUGUCCCUUCCCCACUUCCCAGCUCAGGUUCAUGAAAGAAAUGGUUUCAAAUGGUUUGGAUACGAGUGUUGUGCUUUUUACAGGUGCAGUGGGAAGUUAAUAGGUAGUAGUUGGGCUUCAAGCACUUAGACAAUUGGGAGAAGCUGGGGUAAGGUGCAGUACUGUGCAACUUGAAUUAACGCGCUUGUCUUGAUGAGGGAGGAACGUGUUCUUUCCUAGGAUCCAGCCUCACUUCUCCCCCGGGCUGCUUUCGGCCCAGCCUGUGCCUGGCUCUUCCAUAUGUCGGGCUGCCGUUUAUCUGGUUUGACUGGGUUUCUAUUCCGUGGCAAGGUAACCAAAGUUCUUUGUUGAUUCUAACUUUUCAGAUGAUUUCUAAGUACAUAUUCUACAUGCCGUGGACUUGGGAGUAAUGACUUUUUGUUAUAGUUUGUAUAAGCUACAUAAUUAAUCUUGUGCAAGCCUGAGCCCUCCCUGGCUUCAGUUCAGCCAGGCAUAUACUUUCAAACUCCAUUAAAGUCAGCACGAGUUACUUCCUCUAUUCUGAAGUGGACAGGUACUUUGCUGUGUGUAUUUAUUACAUGGCAGUGACAAGUUACUGUACGAGUUCCAAGGUGAAGUGUAUAGUGUUCAAGUCAAUGUUUGCCAAAUCAUUUUUGAAGAAAUUUGAAUUAAUGCUCUUUACAAUGUAUUUACAGAGAACUAUUAAUAAAGGAUUGUGUAGAUUUUUUUGGUUGUCCUUAACCCCUUAAAAAGAAUUAGUGCCAGUAAUGCAGAUCGAGUAUUUGCAGACAAAAGUACACUUAAACUCUGAGUGUCUUCCUGAUUACGAGUCUUCUGCAAGAACUCUUGUGGAAGCUAUUAUUUCCUUCUCACGCGCCAUCUCCUUUAAAUUCUAACAGCCUGAGUUAACUUAGCCUCUUCAAAUUCUCAUUUACUUUUUACUUCAUCAUGUCUUGUUCCUCCAUUUUAUUGUUAACAGAAAAGCAUCAGCAAGACACUUGUGGCACUACAAGGUCUAUUAUAAAGCAAACCUGAACUAGAGAUACCAACAGGAGACACAGAAUUGAUACACCCUUGCUUAGAUAAUUUUGACUGGGUUAUAGUUUAAUAAGAAUUAAAAUGACAUAAGUAUAAUAAACAAUUGCACUUUAAAACAUUUGAAAAAUUAAAAAAGUACACAACAAAUACCCCACAAUUAUACAUCUCAUAGUUUUUAUACAUUACUAUAUGAACAUAGAGGUUAAUCAUAUAUAACCUUGUCAGAAGAAAUGGUAUUUCAUGUGUUUAAGUUACAAAAAAUCGAGACAAUAUACUACAUAGUGGUUUGUUCGGUUCUUAAAACAUUUUUGCUGUUUUAAAGUCAGUAGUAAUGUUUUGGUGGUUUGUUGUGUUUUUUUGUUUUUUUGUUUCUUUUUUUUUUCUUCUUACAGAUUUCCAACACUUUAUCAGUAAUGGUUGCAACAAAGAUAAAGCAAAGUAACACUUCACUUCAUUGGUAUUUAGUGCAAAUUUUUGUUAAUUUAACAUGAAAUGUCACUGUUAAACAUGUACACUUUAGAAAUGUUUCCACCAAGUACUGUACAGAAUACAGUUUCCAUUAUUACACUAGAUACCUUUAUAGUUGAAAACAACUUCUGCUUUGAAGCUUUAGAUUAAGACCAUCCUUAAUGAAAGCUCUUUUUUAUGUGCUAUAAGUGUAUUGUAUUGGAAAAUUGCAUCAUCACGUCAUGCACAAUAGCACCUAAUUAUGCUAUGCUUUUUGGAAUACUUCAAUCCUGAUUUACUUCACUGUCUCUGUAUUUCUGCCUGGAUUCCUGUCCCAAGAAAUAAUCCUGAAGAUGGGUUUCAGGCAGUCUAGUUCUUGUAAUUACAAAUAGUGCAGGCUUAUAAACUCAGAAAAAAAGUGUAAAUCAGACUUAAGCAGCACUAAUUCGUGGUGCUAGCAGAGCAAAGACACUAAUGGGCCCAAUUCUUUCUCAGAUAAGCUUGCAGAGAUUUUUAUUUUGAAGAUGUUAAGUAUUUUUUUCCAAAUAUUUGAGAACAGCAUUGCCCCAUCUCUGUACAAAACAUUUAAAAUACUUAUAUUAAGAGAAAAAAAGUUACUUUAGAGAUUCUGGUUUUAAAUAUAAAACAGUAAAACUGAUGGCUUAAAAGAGACACAAGAAAAAACGUCUUGCUGCUGCACAGCUACUCAAUCUAAUGCAUCCUUUGUGUUUGUGCUGUUGUAACCAUGAUACUGAACCUUUGUUUUUGCUUUGAUAGGAAAUAGAGUAUUCAGUAAUGACUUUGUGGACAAGCCCUUUUUGAUUUUUGGAAUGGGAGGCUAUGGCAGGUUUCAUUCUGUUUUCUGCAUAAUUUAAAGUGCUGCUACUCAUGCUGCAUACAGCAGUUUGGCUAAAAUACUUCCAUGGAAUGUGUGUGAAUCUAUAAUGAUGCAACUUAUUCUCACGAAAAUAUCUCCCUUUAAAAUGUUUUAGAUUUAAAGGUUCCCUUGAGCCUUAUCAUUACAAGGAGAUGUUCAAACUUAAAAACUUCCCUGAAAAACAAACUCGGGAGUGUUACAAAUAUAUUUACUAGAAUUACUUUAAAAAUGUAGACACAGAUAUUUCUGUGGGAUAUUAAGAAUAGUAAAAUGAUGGACUUUUUCCAUUUUUGUAAUAGGUUGGGAAUGAACACUUCUAUUUUAGGUACAAAGAAGUAACAAAGAAUCUGCCCCAGCAGGUACCCCAGAUGGGGGUAAGUAAGCACUUACUUGGGAGAGGUACAAAAACACUUUCUGAAGUCUGCUGGCUGUCUUGGUCAAAGCAUGGGAAGUUAUCUGAACCACCUAAAGCUGCGCAUGAAGUAAGAUCAGGAAGAACGCAGAGUUAAAACUUUAGAGAUGUCACUGACUGAGCUUUCAGGUUUCAGCUGAAUCCAGUCAUGCAAUCUUAUUCCUGUGGGAACUUGAUGAGACUAAUUCUAGACGUACAGGAGCACAGGAAUAGUUUUACUUACUUCAGUCCCAGACAAUUGAUUUCAAGUUUUAAUCUGCAAUCGCUGUCUGUAUGCAUCUUAAACAUGGCCAAGCACAGAACCAGUAAUGCGCUUAAAUGACCUGAAUAAACACUGCCUCUGGCUUAGUCAGCCAGGUUGGAAAAGACCCUGCAGGUCACCAAGUCCAGCCACCAACCUGACCUGCCAAGUCCCACCAGUAAACUAUGCCCCUUCGGGCCGUGCCCACACAUCUCUUAAAUACCUCCAGGGAUGAGGACUCCACCAGUGCCCUGGGCAGCCCGUCCCAAUGCUUGACCGUCCUCUCUGUGAAGGAAAUCUUCCCUAACAUCCAAUCUAAACCUCCCUGGCACAACGGAGACUGCG